GAUGAUCUGGAUCAUGACGUCUCUGCCAGUGAAGCGAUCAGUGUAUUUAUUAGGGUGGUAUCCGCCAGGGUCCAUCGUUGCGAGACGGCAAGAGAAAGUCCCGGUUUCUAGCGCACUACAUGAUUUGCAUCAUACGGGGCCUCUAUGCAAUGAUCCUGGUUGGUAUGCAUCUAUCCAGCCUGACACAUCAGUCGGCGCGGGGUUGUGGCGGGGCUGUCAACUCAGCCCGACGGCGGCUGCGACUCGCAGUUGCCUGGUGGAUUUGGAUUUACCAGGCGCUCUUGGAAGAGCGAGUCUUUCACUAGAUCGUGGGGAAAGAGGUUGUUAGUUUUUGAUAAGAUAUUCUCAAGGAGAUUACUUGCCUCUGGUUCGUGGUUGAUGUCAUAAUAGGCCCAACACCUUUCUGCCGCCUCUUCUGCACCAAUAACAAGCCAAAGCGGAGACUGACCAACGCUGCCUGGUAGCUGCGAUUUCAGCACAACCAGCGAAGGCAGACCAAACUUUCCCCCCGCAUCGCAGAUUUCAGAAACAAAACACCAACUUGUCCACCACUUCGACCCCGUUUCGCAAAACGACGACAAACAACCAUGGCCGACGUUGAUAUGACCGACGCGACCGACGCGCCCGCCUCCGCGGCCCCCGUCACCAAGAAGAAGGGCACCGCCGCUGACGGAGAGGGAAAGGAUGGGAAGAAGCGCUUCGAAGUCAAGAAAUGGAAUGCGGUAGCCUUGUGGGCCUGGGACAUAGUGGUCGACAAUUGUGCCAUCUGCCGAAACCACAUCAUGGACUUGUGUAUAGAAUGUCAGGCGAACCAAGCUUCAGCUACGAGCGAGGAGUGCACUGUAGCCUGGGGCAUUUGCAACCACGCCUUCCACUUCCACUGCAUCUCCAGAUGGCUCAAGGCGCGCCAAGUAUGCCCACUCGACAAUAGGGACUGGGAGUUCCAGAAGUACGGCCGAUAGAGUAUUUAAAUUGAAAGGCGGAGCUUGGAAGGGAAGUUGCCCGAACAACACAGCUGUCACAAUGUUGGAAUAUGGCACAAGCGAAGGGACACAGACGACUGGUGAUAAUUUGGGAGUUUGGGACUGGGUUUACAACACGAGCACAUGUACUUGAGUCUUGCCUCGUAAGAGGAGUUCACGAUAUGGGAAUUCCCCUGCUUAGAGGAAUUCAACGACGUUCACGAUCACACUUGGUGUG